GAAGCCAACAAAAAAAACCCUAACAAAACCCUCCUCUCAUGGCGGAGGACUCCGAAUCCCCUCCAAACCCUAACCCUAACCCUAACCCUAACCCUAAUCCUAAGGACUCCAAGAGGUCCUCCGUGUGCGAGGAGUGCGGGGAGAAGCCGUGGAAGUACCGGUGCCCGGGGUGCUCCCUCGUCUCCUGUAGCCUCCCCUGCGUCCAAUCCCACAAACGCCGCACUUCAUGCGACGGCAAGCGCCGCCGCACCGGCUUCGUCCCCCUCCGACUCUUCGACGACAACCUCCUCCUCUCCGAUUACAACUUUCUGGAGGAGACGAAAAGGGUCACUGAAUCAGCCCAGAGAUUGGUUGCUGGGUAUGGUGGGUAUGUUGGGAAUAAUUUGCCAAUGAGACUACGGAUGCUUCGGAAGGCUGCUUAUAGGCGGAAAACUCAACUGUUCUUUUUACCACUAGGCAUGUCAAAGAGAGAGAAGAACCGUUCUAUCUACAAUCAUAGGAAGAACUCUAUCUUUUGGACCCUCGAGUGGAGGUUUAACUUAACAGAUAUCGUCCUACUUGAUCAUGGCAUAGAUGAAAAUGCCAAAUUGUCGGUUUCAGUAGAGAAGCAUUUAUCUCCUAGUCCAUGGAAAGAUAGGCUUACACAAUUCCGGAAUGUAGCAUUGGAUGAUUUGAAGCUUUUCAUUCGGAAAAGUGCAAAGGGAGCCAAGUCGCCGUUCCGUGAGUUAAACAUUAGGGCCCCUUUAGGCCCGCAACUUAAGAACGUUCUUGUUAUAGAGUACCCUAUAAUACACGUCUUUCUCCCUUCCCACAGUUAUGACUUUGAAAUUGAGAAGGACACAAAUUCGUUUGUUGAACAUAAUGAGACUUCAGAUCAUGAUGUUGUUCCAAAAGGUUCCGUAUUUAAAGAAGAGGAAAUAGAGGAAGGGGAAAUGACUUCAGAAACUCAAGUUUUGGAUAUUGUAGAUUACAAAAUUCCUACUUCUAAUGGUGUUAAAACUAGUUCUGGUAGUAACUUCGGUUUACAGUCAAAGAGGCUUAAGGGGAACUUCGAAAACGGAGGACAAGUGAAGGAUCCUAAUUUGGAGCUUAAUGAUGUUACUCGGCUACAAAACGGGAGUAAUUUUACCCAUAUGAGAGAAAGUAAUGAUGCUGUUAGGGUUUUCGAGUAUGAGAACUUCGACUUUGAGCAAGAGAUGAGAGAUGCUUAUUCCGACCUACUUGGCGAGAUGAACCCUGAUGAUUUCUUGUGCUUGGAUGAUGGAUACAGCGAGGAAGAAGGAUCUAAGGAAUGCAAAAAUGCCCAAGAUUAUGGUGGGCUUUUAUUAGGCGCCGAAGAAUUAGAGGAAGGCGAGAUACCGAGCGUCUGAACUUGAACUGAUCACUAUGCGUUUGGUGAAGCCGCGAAACGAAACAUAAUGACUACAAUUUGCUUUCAGUUUUUGAUCAACCGGUCGCCUCGUGGAUUCACAGUUAAACUUGUAUUCCAUUGUAUCCUUAAUCAUGAAUGCAAUUUAAUGGGACAGCAAUACGGGCGCAUGUCAUCGAAGAACAUGGCCGUGUGUAAAUUUCUCUGAGCUUCGUUAAAAUGAGUUCCCUUCUGGGUUCUCUUUUAAGUGAGUGAAUAUCAUGUAACAAGUGAAUUUUGGUCAUCUGUCGUUGUAUAAUGCGAAAUUUUGCAGUUGAGCUUGUGAUAAUUAUGAGGCUUUUUGUUGGUUUCAGAUUUUCUUUUUAAA